CUGCUGGGGGACGCGGUUGCGCAGGUUUUAUUCCUUGUCCGCCAUCGCCGGGCCAUGUACCGGCAGAGCUUCCGCCCGCCGACCCCUCCGUACGCGGGCGGCGGCGGCGGGUUCCGCAGCCCUCCCGCCGCCGGCGGGGGCCCGCUGCCGCCCUCCCCGCGGGGCUACGGGAGCCCCCGGCACACGCCGCCCUACGGCCACCCGCCCGGGCCGCCCGGCAGCGGCCGCUCGCCCCGCGGCCACGGGCUCCUCCAUGGCGGCGGGCGGUUCGGGAGCCCGUCGCCGGGGGCGCAGACCCCGCGCAGGCCUCAGAGCGUCAGCCCCCGGUACCCGGCUCCUUACGGCGGCAAAUCCCCUGCCGGAGCCCCCCUCCACCCGCAGCAACAGCACAAGCGCUCGCCCGGGGGCUUCCAGAGGCACUACCAGGGAUCACCCAGGACAUCUACUCCAUUUGGUACAGCGCAUGGCAGAGAGAAAAGAGUGUCUAAUGAUGUGGAAAACUAUUACAGACCUUCAAUGCUUGAGGACCCAUGGGCUGGCCUAGAGCCAGUUUCUGUUACAGACAUAAACCAACAAUACAGCAGUGAGCAAACAACAUAUACUGGUAAAAAAGGGAGGUAUUUCAGCUAACACUUUUAAAGGCCAAAUAACUCCAUCUUGUCAGGAAAACUUUGGGAAAAAACCUUUACUCUUACACAAGAUGAACAAUAAUCAAGACCUUAGAUAAUGCUUUUAUUUGAUCACAUGUCCACCCUUUUAUCCUACUUUUUCUUUUUAAUUGCAUUGGAUAUUUUUAUGUAUGGGAGGGAAAAAGGAGUGGUAGGAAAACUUACAUUUCUGGCUACGUGGAAGUGCCUACCAGCUUUGAAGAACAAAGUGUUCUUUAAUCACCAGCGACUGAUUUGUGACUGUUAAAACAGGUCUCCGUAUAUUACCUCUUCCAUGCCAGAUUGUUAGCCUUUUAUUGUAAACUCCUUUAGGAAAUGGUAUUUUUUUAUGUUUCAACAUUUUUAGAGUGAAUUAACUUGGAAAUAAAAUAAAGUUUUGUAAAUCCUUGUUUUUGUAAUGUAUAAAGAUUAUUUUAGGACUUUCGUUAAGGUGUACACACUAACGCAAAUAGUACUAGAGAAAUUAGGUAACUUCUGUAAAUGUGCUUGUAUGCUGUAGUUAAUAUCUGAUUUUGUGCACAGUAUCUUUUGUUAAUUGUAGUGUAACAUGAAGUUGAAACGUGACUUUUAGCCAUCUCAGGAAACAAAUGUAUUGUGUUUGCAAAGUUUCAUUUGUUGAACCAGCUCGAGUCAUAAACAUAAUUCUGUCAUCACUUGCUUCUGUAUUUUAAAAAAAAAAUAUAUAUAUUUGGAACAAAAUUAGACAUUUCUGGAUUAUAGUAACAAGUCUGUUCAGUGGCAGUUUAAAUCUAAGUAGGACAUCAAACAUGAAGAUGAAAUAAAUGCAAAUGUACUUUCUGGAUCCAUCUAUUAGAACAGCAUAGAACGAAUGACGGUACGUUAUAUCGUUGACAUGAGUACGUGCAUAGCAUCUUUUUUUCUAACCUGUACAAGAUUUUCCAAUUUUUUUAAAAUUAUUUUUUAUUUUAGCCUAUAGCAGGCAUCUUUGCCUAGUGAACUCCCCGUUUGUAUGCAUGCAUGCUAUAUUUUUAUACUGAAGAGGAAACAAUGAGGGUUUUUUAGACCUUGUCUAGACAUGCAAGAUCCAUUCUUAAAUCCAGUAGUAAGUACUGUAAGCUAGAAUAAAUAAAUAGCUCCAGCUGCAGGCAUGUUCUUAGCAUGCUGUGUUAAGCCUGCGGUAGAUAUCUAAAUGUUUGUUGAACAUACCAUUAUUUGUUUGUUGACCUUGGCUUUUAAGCAGUAGGUAGAGGGUGAAAACCUAGUUAAAAAUAAAUAGAAGCAUUAGUUCAGUUUUUAAAAUUUAUGUUUUGUUCUGAUCUUAUGUACUUCACAGAAAACAUAUUUUUGUAGUUCUGAAGCAUGGUUAGGUAGAAAAGCCACAGGGAAUCAAGUUAUAGACUGUUCUUAGUAACUCAUCUUUUGCUGAGAUAGAAUAGUUCUAUAUGCUUCCUUCUCUGCUUCAGCAUAAAACGGCUUGGGUUUUAUUAUGCUUCAGCAUAAUACUGCCUUCAGAAACAACUUCAGAACUGGAAGGGAGGUUAACACGUUGAAAUGGGGUAGCUGAGGCUCCUGCACUUUUAUGACCAUAAGCUAAAGUUUGGCACUUGUGGCUUCCCCCUGUUGACCUUAUUGUUUUAGAACUCUAUCCAAAAAAGGCUGCUCAGAGAACUGAGAAUAUAAUGCCAGCUUAAUAUCAAGAACAGUUAAUACUUCACCCCAGAAUCAGAACUGUGCCUUAAAUGGCAGCUGUCAGCAUUGUCACCUGUAACGCGUACCAGCAAAACUGAGAUGACCUGACGAGUCAUAGAUAGUCUUUAGAAUUUAUAAAUCAACUAAUCAACGUCAUUGUGAAAAGCAAAGUAUGAAGUUUUCUUUCCUUUUUUUUUUUUUUUUUCUAAUUAACCUUGUCAGAUGCUGUAAAGCUCACAAAAAAAAGCUAGAGGGUGCUUAACUGAGUCACCUUGUUUGUUACUGUUUCCUUUAGAAUUCAGUGCAGUUUACUUUUCACGUGUUUGGUGAUCUUGGGGAAACAGACACAAUUUAGUUUAAGAGAUUAAAGCUAUGCCAUGUUCCCAGUCAGACCUGAGAAGAAACUGGGUUUCGAAAGGAGGAAGGAAAGGAAAAGGAUUCGUGACAGAAGAGAGACUGAGAAGUGGAUCUGCUUAUGCAGUAGCCAGUAUCGGCAGCCCUUGCACAUUGCAGAGAUGCAUUUUUCCACUUUGGCUUUGCAGUUGACCCAGGGAUCAAAGCCAGCCUCCUCUGGUAAUAACUGUUGACACACAGUUCCACGAGUUAGACAUCAAUGAAGGUAAAUGUUCCAGAAAGAGAAUUGAGGAAAUAAUCUUGAAGCAUUGUUUAAUUAAUACAGGCCUUCCACAAUGCCAUCUGUUAAGCUGCUGCUCCCCUGCACUUCAGGAUAUGACACAACAAUUAUGAGUACAUCCUACUGCUAAAGACUCCAAUAAUUUGGUCAAGAAUCUGCAAGGAGUUAAAAUAUAGAUAUAACAAAGUUAUUAACCUCAUCAUACUGCACCAAAAACUUAAAAAUUACUCACCUUUCUCGCUUCUAGGAGAAGUACUGCAAUUACAGUAAAACUUCAAAAUGUCAUUGUUGAAUAACUGUAAAAUGCAUGAACACAUGUUCAGAACUAUAAAUAUAAUGUACUUAAAGCCAAUUUAAGCUUUGCCUUUUUUGCUGUGAUAACCAGGAAGCUUAAACACUUACUUCCUCUCUGAUUUUUCUCCUUUUUCCCAUAUGGCAAACAUUCUUUUUCCCCACGUGUUUUUAAUGCAGAUAGGAUGUAUCACGUCCUCAUUUGUUAAUGAAGACACUUCACAGUAACUGUAUGGCUCUGGAAAUAGCAUUUGAUGAUUAAAAAGUACAGCACGAAUACAUCCUUUCUUCAUGAGCCCAGGAAACAAAAUAGUGCCUGUGUCUUGUUAACAAAGGGAUCCUUCGGUAAUGAACACACUAAGAAUAUGGGCAUUGUUCUUUCUUCAAUACUCUACUUAGAUUUUAAGGUAAGUCAUUUAGCUCCUCCUUCAGGAGUUCAGAUGGAUGUACUACUAUUCCAUUCCGUUCUGCUUGCGCUGUGUUUGUCCAUCAGGUCUGUCUCACUUUCCAUACAGUUGUUGUAAAUGGAGCUGUUCGAUAACUCAUGACUAACUCUCUUCUAGAAAAAAAAAAAAAAAUCCUUUGUUGCUGUUUGCUACUGUGUUUAACAGUGAACUGCAUUGCUACUCCAUUGUGCUAAUAUCAGUAAGGUAACUGAAGUCAGCUGAGUACAACUCUGUGUAAGGCGGCAACCCGUGGGGUGGGGAGUCACCCCAGGUUGUGUACUGUACUCCUUCAGAGAUAGUUCAGCUUUGGGUUUUCGCUGAGACUUUAUAACAUGGAACAUUCAUUCUUCUCCGGCACUUUGUACACGCUUUCACAUUGGAAUUGCAAAACAAUUUAGAAUGUGAAAAUGUCGAUUAAAACAGGAUUGUAAAAAUCCAUAUCAAGCUAAUUCUCUUUAGAAUUGGCAAUAAGGCAUUGAGAUGCAGCGGUUUUCUACUGUCAAGACUGGGAACACUUUGCAGGGGAAAUGCCUCUGGUCAACAGAAUGGCUACCUACUUUCGCAGUGUGGUUGUUUUUCUUUUCCUGUUAAGGAUAUCUUCAUGUGCUCUUCGCUUUGUAUAAAUGUGUUAAUUAGACAUCUGAGGGGGAGCGUUUGAAGAGUGCAUUAUAUGGAAAGUACAAGGAGCUAUUCAGCCCCCUUCUAAAGAAACGCUUUUAUAGUCUGUCUGGGUUUCAAGUCAUGAUUCUGAGUAAUCUCACUGGUGUCAGGAUUUGCUCAUGCAACCAAGAUACGUAAGUAUCUAGCAUUACUGUUUGAAAAUUGUAUCAUCCUUUUGUCUGCCAGUGCUUUUUACCAACUCUACAAUAAACUGCUCUGUUUAGCAAUUGCUCUGCAUUCAGAUUCAUACACGUGCUUUCAUACUUGAGCCAAGACUCUCUUGCAGCAAAUUAAAUUUGUUUUCACAACGUUUUCUUAAAUUCUCCAGAGUAAAGACUUUGUUCUCCUUUCCCCAAAUCUUGGCACUUACCUUCAUCCCAUCUUCCUUGUACUGGGGGAGAAAAUGGAGAAUUGCCUACACUGAUCGGUGAAGAAGCAUGUCGUGAUUUUCCUGUCUCAGGCUUUCAGAAGCUUGUGUACCAAUUGACAUGGAUAACUAGAUAAACUUUUUUAUUAUUUGAGAUGCCUCAAAUAACUCCUUACACCACAAGAAAGGAAAGAAGUCAACAAGUUGUGUUAAUGCUUGAGAGUAGUACAGUUCCAGCAUCCAGUCAUUAGUAAAGAGUCAGUUUUUUUCCCUGCAGUAACUUUUCAUCUGAAUAUCUCACUAGGUACAAAUGGAAUCUGUUUAAUUUUCUGCAGUUUUCACUAAGAUAUGUAAACUUAAGAGUUUAAGAACACUUUCUCAGCCUGGACUUCUGAAUAUACCUUCACAAAAUUCCCAGCUCUUGAGUGUUAGACCUCAAAUCUAGGCCUUCCCUUUAAAGCAUUUUAGGUCUGGCUGGAAGAGCUUUAUCUCCUCGUUACUUCCUUGAUGACACUAGGAAACUUUUCACUACAGGGCUAGAAACAGUUGGGCAGGUGCUCAGUGCCAGAACAGGGGUGUCAGCCUGCCUCUCCUCUCCCCCACGUUACCCCUAGUUUCUUGCCACUCAGGGGCGGUGGGGCCCGGGAGGUGGUUUGAGCCACACAGUCACCCAUUUUGCUUCACCAGCUCUUGGAGGGUUGCAGCACUUCAAAUCAGCGGUUUGUUCAGUGCACAUCCUGGAUUUCACAUUUAACCAGCAUGAUAAAUUCCGGUGUGUAGUCUUAACUCCUAAAACUGUUGCACGUUCUCUUCUGCAGUAAAAUCACAGGUGAGUUCCACUGCCCUGUGCUCACUGAUCUGUGGCUGUUCCACAUGCCUUUUCGGAAUUAUAAAUGUAAACAUUUGUAUACAAGAAAGUAACUUCUGUGCCUGAAAGGGGUCAUACCAGUACAGUUUGAAAUUUUUAAUACUGUUGACACUACUGCUAUUAAAAUAAGACCUUCUCCACCUCCCUUUAACAGGGCAAAAAUGAAGCAGAAAAAAAAAAAAAAAAAAAAACAGUUGAGAUGCUGAGCUGGAAACUAUGGUCUGCACAGCGUGAGGUGGACUGCAUGAGUAGGGACAUCGUUACAGUUCAGCACAACCUGUAUCGGCCCAUUUCUGGACUGGAAAUAGAAUAGGUUUUUUAACAAAGAGCUGGAAAAAUACCAUCCCCAUUCACUAACAAGACAGAAAAAGGUAUUUCUCAAAAAUUACCUUACACACAAAAGAAUUCUUCCGAAGCCUCACAAACUGUGAGACCCGUCGUCUUGUUCUCUUUCUUCAGGAGAAGCACUGGCUUGUUACCAAGAACUUCAAGGCUUCCCAUGAUGUGAACUUAGUCAAAGCCAUCACAUCACCGUCUGACCUGUUCUCGGACAAAAGGGAAAAGUCUGGUUUACAUACAUUGUUGAACACACUAAAUUUCACAAAACGGUAGGCUGUACUAUUCACUGCAUGUGGAGAGCUUUUGACACUAGAUUAUCAUGUAUUUCUUAAAUUUUUAGAGUGUUCCUGCAUUUUGAUUUCAAAUGUCACUAUUCUUUUCGGCAGUAAAAAAGUUAUACCUUCAAGUUCUACCAGGGAAUUAAUUUUCAAAUACUGAAAUUCCCACAGUUGAUUAAUUCCGAGUAUUAAUUUUUUCCAGGUAACAGUAACACAACUAUGGAAGAUGUAUUAAAUUUAUAUCUUUUUUUUCCCUACGCACAAAAGAAAAAAAAAAAAAUUACUUCAGAUGUCAAUUCAAGUAGUGAGGUCAGUUGGGUAGGGUAGUUCAGAAGAAUCUGAGGCUCCUUCCUUUCUUACCUGAAAGAGCUUAGGUGUUCCAGAAGGGGCCAGCAGAGCUCGCCCGGCCGGCGUGCUGGGUCGGAGCCGCUGCAGCUGAGAUGCCAGGAUGGAAAUAACGGUGGACGACACGGGCAGGGAGCUCGGUGCACCCCGGUGUCACCUGUACGAGCCCACUUCCAGACUGCAGCUACACGGGGAUCCUAACGAGGACACAACGAGCACGACCCCUUCCCUCCCACACACACCUCAAGGGAUUUUUUUGUUUUCUAAGCCUACAGUCAGCCGCUAUGUUAUUUGGGCCAAGGAUAAGAGAAUUUAAACUGUUCUGUCGUUUAUUUAUUAGUGAUGGCAUCUUAGGAGGCAAAGAAUGCGACAUCACGUCAAGCUGAAAUUUUUAACACGGUUGUGUUGUAUUUUUGUGCACCAAAAAUCCGCGUGUACUACCCCGCUUUGAUGGGCAGCGGUGAGCACGCUGCAUUAAAAUACAGCUAAACCUUCUGGUAUCCAUAUGUAUUUUGCCACAAUCCAAUUGCAGUGUAGUAAAGAUAGUUAAAAGCUGUUCGUGUCGAGUCAACGAGCGUUUGCUUUGGGUUUAAAUCCUUGUAGUUUGCAUGAGGAAAUUCCCGAGUUCAAACUGCUGAACAUGAUGUCGAUGCCACUAUUAGUAUAAAUACUAAUAAGUUACGUCAAUGCCACUAUAAGUACUAAUAAAUGGAAGAACAAAACUUCUUUCACGCUGAUGCAAAUCAUCCCCUUUUCAAGCAUCACACAAGCUAAUGCUGAAACAAGGGAGAAGGAAUCAAGCUAAUUGACAACUCCUGUGGAUGACUACACAGCAUAAACCACAAGUAACAGAGCAAACAUAAGCUUUAAAAUCACUGAUUGCCAACUGGGGAGUAGUAUCAACAGUAGUUGGACUGUAAGCAGUAGUUGCACAGCAUUUUAAAAAUCAAACCACUACCUCCUGUGGCUUACUGAAGAUAUUUAGGUUAAAGUAAAUAAGGCUUUGAGCUGUGUUCCCUUAACAGAUGUUAGGAAUUAACAUUCCUACAGCUGAGUUUGCAGAAGAAAGUAAAUAUCUUCACCACUUGUCUGUGAAGUCUAGCGUCUUUGCCUAAGUGUCAUCGCGUCAUUAUUUCUUUUUUUAAGGUAAGGUAAAACUGUGCACUUGAAAAUACUGGGGGUCGUCACAAGGAUGAAAGGGAGAAUUAGCAUCUGCAAAUGGUCCAGGUGUGCAACUUGAGUUGCUAAUUGUAAGGAGGCACCGAGUGUCCAUCUAUUGAUUACUUGGCAUUCCUCUUUCCUAAAGCUAUUAUUUCCCUUAUCUGUAAAUUUUUAAUAGACUCCUGGUUGCUAUGGCAAUUAAAUUACACCAAGGACAAUUAUUUGGUUGUGCAUUUGCAGAUGUGAAGAAAGCAGGAGGUGUUUUUGCGGACAAAAGGUUGAGAAACGGUGAUGGCUGUUUUCAAGUGAAUGAACCGCCACAUUGCGUCCGUGUUGGACCCGAAGGCAGCUUACACCACCAGCAGUGUUCCUGUACUUAGAAUAGCUUCCAAAACAAAGCUCCAAGUAUGGAGGAAACUUGCGCAGAGAACCUUUAAAUCCCUGUUUUCAGGGUAGCUAGUGCAUCGGGUUGCAUUUUUCUGACACUGUGUAAUUUCCUCUCCAAAUAAUUGCUGGCAGUUUUAUACCUGGGCGCUCCUGUAGCCUGGCAUCCUCGCUGCUGCGAUCGUCUGUGCUUUGUGGAUAUACAACUGGUGAUGGCCCAGUUCAGUUUCUCUCUGCUAUUAGAUCGCCCCAGUAAAUAGGUGACAGAAUUCUGUUUUCAUUAACCAAAUCUCUACCAUUUAUCUUCUUACAGCUUGAAGAUAAUCCAUUAAUAAACACAUCCACAAGGCUUUGUGUACAUUGUAUUUCAGGCAAGCAGUGUAAAGGAACCUACCAAAAGUGGGUUGUUUUUCUUUUGCCCCACUCCCCUGCCCCUUAACUCCAUCCAGAGAAGAUAACUUGGGUAGUUUUACCAUAAUUUUUCCUCUCCACUGAGUCUUCAAUUGUCUCUUUUCCCCCAUCUUUUUUUUCUUAGAACUGUCUGUACACCAGCUGUAUGUUAAGGCUUUUCCGCACAGGUUUCUCCAUGGAAAUCAGCCUGCUGUUCCCACGCCUUCCGUGGGAAUCGGCUUGAUCCACCCGUCAGGGCUCUGCCACCAGGAAUAGUCAGCUGGAGGGUUUGGUGCAAUCGGUGCCACUCAACCCCCCCCCCAACAUGCCCAGUCCACUAAAGGUGCCGUUCAUUCACACUGCUGGAGAUGAUGGAACUACGUCAACAAGAGAGGCGCCCGCAGAUCCUCCCGGCUCGCCGCGGUGGGCCGGGUGCUGGACCCUGUGCUCAGACGUGCAGGGAGAACCCAGCAGGGCAGACACGGCCUUGCCGGAGUGGCCGCCCUUUGCUCUCCAGGUGAAGUUCUCUGCUGAACUCGCAGGCGAGCGGUGCUCCCGUCCGUGCUAAGCACUGCAAAGAUAGAGGCAAAGUCACUUCUCAGAGACAACAGAAAAAGUGUGCAGAAAAGGGCAUGGGCAAGCAGUGUCAUCGUGAUCCCAGUUCUUCCUGCUAGCUUCCCAACACAACCAUCUCUUAACUACUCGUAUUUCCAUUCGGCAUAUCCUUGUUGAUAGCACACCGAGCUGGAGGGAGGAAAACUACCUCAUGAAAUCAUAAAAUCAGGUCCUCUCCCUUCAGCAGCCAGAGAACAUAGAGUUUUCAGUCCAUGAGUGACAAGAAAGCAGAAGUGCAUUUCUGAGAGAGGUGAGUUUUGUGAGCAACAGAAAGCCUGUCUGCAUAGGGACCUUUUCUGUUCAGCAUAUUUAAUCAGGUAUUGUCAAUUAAAAAAAAAAUAGUUCCACUUCAGACCAGCCCCAGUUACUUCAGUGCUUAAUUCUACUUCAGCAGCAUUUAAACAGCCAGAAGAUCUGCUACGGAGAGACUGUUCUCAGUCUUGUAACCUUUGCAAUGAGCAGAAGGAAAAAACCAAGGUCCUGAUGUCAUUCUAACUGUAUUGAUGCAUCGGAGAAAACCAGCAGAAACACAUGUAAUCGAAGGAUACGCCUUUAGCAGCAAGUAGUCUGUUGCUACGUAAGCAUCCCCAAAUAAAUGACCCAAUUCCUGGAGUUACUUACGGGCCUGGGGAGGAGCAUGGGAACAGCAGACUUCACCCGCCAGCACCUCCUGGCAAGGAGACUCUGGAGGGGAAAGUUCCGCACCACGAGAAGCACAGCCUUCCCCUUGGAGUUCAGCGUCAGCCGCCUUCAGGGCUUUGCAGCGUCACGAAGCACCAGCACGGCAGGCAGGCAGGCGCUCAGAAAGCAUUCCAAGUCUCCCCGUAAGUGACAUGAAAGAGCAGCAAGAUCGAGAAAAAAUAUUAAGACCUGCCUUCAUUUCUUUAUUCUGUUUCUUCACAGGCUCCACCACGUUCUUUGUGGCCAAGUCUUGCCUUUGCUCCGCACUCCCACCAACUACUCCCGUGUUCUUUUUGUGGCUGACACUCCACUGGAGCCCAGUGUUUCUCUCUUAAAACACUUCUUCUCUUUUGUGACUUAAGCCAUCCGUAAAUUAUCUUCUUCAGAGCUGUCUGUACCACGAGAAGGUUUUUCCAUCCUGCAGUGAUGAGCACAGUUCCUCUGGUUCUCCUGACAAAGCAGAUCGUGCAGGUGCGUUCAGAUCAAACCAAGUUAGAGCUUGGAUAGUUGCAAAUGUGUUUCAAACUAAAUUUUCUGAUGUCUGAAACAAGAAAGCUAAUUCAGGUGAGCUUUUUCAACAGUGAAUCUCAGGACAGAAGCUGUCCGUAACCUCCCUAGUAGUAAUAAUUCUGCUUCCAAAGUGAUCUGCAAAGGUUACCUCCAUCUGUAAGCUCUCUGCAUCUUCCUCUUUUUCUUCCUGCAGAUUCUUUUCUGAUUCCUGCUUCAUUAUCUUUGUCCUGAGCACCUGUUGGAUUUUUUUAAAACGUAUUACUUCUUUUUACUAGUUGCAAGUGUUAAGCAUCUUUCAAAAAGGUAAAGAAAAAUUAAAAGUUCCGAGCAAAAUCUAUACAUAUGGAGUCCCAAAGAGUGGGUGAAAUAAAUAGCUUCAAUGAUGCUCCUUUGUUAGGAGGAAUGGGACACACACCUUUUCAGUAAAAUGUGGAUUCCAUAAACUAAAGCAGUAUGUGAAAUAUUACGGAGAUGUGUAAUAUUUAAAGAUCUCAGGUGGCAGACAUGCCAGCAUCUAUCAGUUGAAGUUGAUCCCAAGCCUAACCACUGUCGCAUAGAAAUCUGCUUUCCAUACAGGCUGGCUGUGUCUAAUAUUAGCUUCCAUCAGUGGAUUAUAUUUUACAUUUUUAUCUUGUGUUAGAGAGUCACGUACUGAAUUCUUAUUCAUGGUAGGUGACCAAAUAGCAUUUGAACAUUCUCAGCAACCAUUAAAUAUACCCAUUAAGUCACGUUUUUCUAGGACUAGAUUGUUAUUCUGUUUUCUGAAGCUUUUCGAGUGAGUUUUAAAGCAAUGGUUUCCUUUCAUUAAAAUCACAUACUAGUGUCCUACUGGUUAAUAUUCUUCUGCUUGUGUUGCAUAGGAACCCUUAGUUUCAGCAUCACACGGGAAGGUAGCAGUCCUUUUCACCAUCACUUCAGUGCAACAUUUUGCAUCUCGUAAACGUGACCAAAUUCACUGAUACUUUAUGAGCGAUUUUACAUUUCACUGCAUAAAAAUAUUAAGGUAUGUGCUCCACAUUUCUCUGUGUUCCCUCAGUGCAAUGGUUAAAAUAGCAUCUAAAAUAAAAACACCUUGAAUACCCCAAACACAAACAUCCUAACGCUCCACAUACUAACCCUCUUAAAUUUCCAUCGUUAUCUACCACAUCUUGCAUGUCUUCGUUACAUUUAGGCCUUGAAAAGCAGCAUUUGCAGUUGUUGUCUUACAGGCAGAAAGAGUUAAAACAAUUCAUAGCUUUUUCUUGGAAUUUCCCUUUCCUCCCCGGAGGGAGAGGAGUGUCCUGGAGGAAUGCAAACACAGACAUCUGCUUGCCUUUUAAGAACAAAAAGCAUCCCACAGGGUCAGACCAGUCACCCCAGUCCCUCUGCCAGCCCCUCGAGCUGCCCCGCGGUCGGGCGAGGGGUGCUGGGGUGCCUGUGCCUGAACAGUCUUUGCUAAUACUCUUGUUGAGUCUAUCUAAUGAUACAACUCAGUCUUUUAGAAUAUAGUACCCCCCCCAAUUUACUCCUCUCAAAAAAUUACCAAAUUUUCUACAACUAAAUCAGCCAAGUAUGUAUGGGAAAUUGUGAAGCGCAAUAAAUGUUUAUGUCAUGAAGAGCAUUCAGCUAGCAUUAUCUACCUGGGGGGGGAAAAAAAAAAAAAAAUAAUCAGGGUGAUUGCAAGACACAGUGUGGUAUUUCAGUGGAUGCCUACGACUCUCCAUCUCCCAUUUCUGUUUGAAGGUGCAAACAAUCCCUUUUUAGCUAAUUUAGAAAUCAGGGCUCAUCUCUAAUUAGUUUGCCUCUCUCUUGCUCCAGACAGCCCAGUGUGAAAGAUCUGAGCGAACAGGAGAACAAUAAUGCGCAGUUCUAGAAAUAGCUUUAAUCCCUAUAUCCCUCUAAACAGAAAUUCACUUCACAGAUGUAAACAUUUCUUUUAAUACAAAGUUAAACCAACGCAUUAAUUACAUUUCAUUAAGCAUCACAUCAGCCUUUAGAGAGGGUAACACUGUUAUUCCACCAGUUUACAAACGGGAGAAUUAAAGAAUAGCAGGAGAAGGUGCCUUGGUUAAACAUUGUUAUUUAGCGGCAGAAGACAACCUGGUGUUUUCUGCCCUCCCUACUGCAUUCCCUAAAGCUGAUUAAUUGACAUUUUCAGAGCAAGUUUCAACCUCAUCGCCUUCCUGGGCGGAGGGAUGCCGGCGAAAGGCAGCCUUGCUUUCCAACACGCACGAACCAUAAAUGGUAGCUUUUUGAUUUUGUGAGCAUCUCUGUGCCGUACCUAUUCAUUAAAUAUUCCAGAUUCGGAUACAAGUCUGCAAAACCACUUGCAUUUUCCUGAGUAUCUUUCAGAUUUGCUGUAGAGAAUACAAAUAGACUCAGAACCACUGCCCUUAACAAAAGAAAUACACUUGUUAGCAUUCAAUGACUUGUUCCAAGUGAGAAUCUCUGGUUUCUUUGAUACUCCACACAGUUGUGUGGUUCACAGCUCUCAAGGAGAACUGCAUUUCAAAUCUUCUGUGUCCAAAAUGAGUAUGCCAAAUUAUACUUUACUUUUUUUUUUUAACGGAAGGUAGUGUUAUUCCCCUCCCCCUCCCCAAAAAAAAAAAAAAAAUUAUUCAAUAGGGAAAUUCUGUCCCAGGAGAAUUAAAUGGAAAACCCUGCUGAAGUUAACAGGGGUUUGGAUUUCAGCUUUUAUCUGACCUAAAACCUGCAAUGACAGCAGGAACAAUUUCAAACCAAGAAAAGAGUCUCAGUUUUCAUGCACAACACUAUAACGCUACAACAGUGGAGGUCAGAGUCUCCUACGAAAUAGAGAGGGAUACUUGUACUAUUGAGUUUCAUUGCAUGUGGCUAUGAUUUAUGCUGUAAUCAAAAGUAUAGUGGAAGAUUCUCGAGCAAUUACCACAGAGUUAAUCACUCUCUAGCUCUACUAGCCAUUAAUUUAAUGAGGUGCUUUUUUGUUGUGGUUUUGUUUUUUGUUUUUUUUUGUUUUUUUUUUUUAAUAUUUCUUAGUAACUGAUGGAUGCCUCAUCUGGCAAAGCACCUGCUCACUCAUCUCCUGGAGAUGAACAUGGUUCAGCUUUUCAGAUUAAUGGAUCAGAAAGCGAAAUGCACCAGGUAUUCUAAAAUGCACAGUAGUAAGCUUUCCAUGCUCCAAAACAGAAAAAUAAUCCACAAACUCAAAUCCGCAGUCGAGGUUUCAGGUCUUCAAGUUUUUUUUGGUUGGGGAUUUUGUUGGACGGGAGCUUUAAGUGGAAUAAACUCUUUCUAGAGCAUAAAACUGGCACCACAAUAAUUACAAGUCGUUUCACGGAUCUUAUUUUUUAAAAGCUACAGAAAAGCCCAAAAACGUGAACACAUCACUAGCAGCGCUCAGGCUGUGGAGGCGCUGAAUGUAAUAUUCCAACAACAUGCAAAAUACCGCGGUGACGUAGACGAUGUUUCGUCAAACACAGCGUCUGCAAUACAAGUGCUACAAACCUGGCUUCGUGCUGCUUCUAAUGCCAGAGCGUUUAAUGUCAACUUGAGCAGCUUUUUCCUUCCCACUUACAAACCGCUUGAGAACCGCUCUGAAGAACGGUAGGGGCUGCCCGCCUCAUGGCACGCUUUGGAGCACUCGCGUUCCAAAAGUCUGACCAAGGCGAAAUCUAACCCCCUUUGUUGGGUCUGUAGAUGUGCCUGUGAAUUUAAGAAUGCUGCUGUCGAUGCGUCGUCCCUCCUGUCCUGUGAAAUCCUGCGGCAGGGUUACACGACUUGUCCAAGCGUCGUGCAGCCAGGCGGAACUGUCGGAGGAGGUCGAGCCCGGUCCCCGCUGGCCAGUCCCGGGGCAGCAAAGCAGGUGCCUGCGCCUGGGCGGAUGGUUCUCUCUGCCCUCUGUAGGAAGUCGGCCAGUCGGCGCCUUUUCCUACAGCAGAAGCUGUUUUGAAUAUCAAUGGCACUUAAAAUACAGCUGGAAGUAAGAUCCCCUCCAACGGAGCGGCAGUGAAGCGCGUGCACUUCACGUUCUUUGCAUUCUGCCCGUGCCAUCCUGUCCUUCUCCUGCCACCUGCAGUCUCUUCUGUUGUCAGGAGAAGGUUUUGGGAUUUUUUUAAUCAAUCAGUAUAACUGACCCUUCUCAUUACAUUUUUCUCCCCAAGUCUAUAGAGGCAAUUGAUGAUCUCGCCUAAUAUUUCAGCUACCAACUUUCUGAUUUUGUUACGGACUGCAGUGGCUGUGUUGAAUUCUCUUGGAUGCUGGGUACUCCCCUUCUGCUCCUGCCACCACAAACAUGUCAUACGGGUGAAAUACUUUGACAGAAACAUAUUUUAACCAAGUCAGGAGGACGCCUCCUACUGGGACUGUAUCUCAAGUAAUCGGAUAUUUUAGAGCUUUAUGGAAAUACACAUUCAAGAAAAAAGACCACUUAGGUAGUCAUGCCAGUUUCACAAAAAGAUUUUGGUGAAACUUAUGUUUUUCUUAAAAUGUUGACAUUUUCUCAAUCAAAGAUUUUUUUUGUUCAGCACUUCAAGUAGAAUAACAGAUGCUUUUAAACAAAUGUUGCUUCAAAAAAGUAACUGAAAAGAAUAAUAUUUUUUUUUACUUAGCAGCCUACAAACUAUCUGCUGUGACACAGUAUGGCUCCUUUUCUUUUUACAUAUAAAUUUCAUGCAUACAAAUCCAUAUUUAAAUGAACGGUAUGAAAUUAUGGUUCAUAUAAAUUGCAUACCUGUGUGCCCGUACUCUGAGCAUACCAAAAUAAUAAGAGAUAGUUAAAAUUUGCUAUCACAGACUUCAUGUUAGUAUAUCCUUCCUGCAUUUCACAUUUACCCCUUCUACCUUAUUUUCAUCACGCUGUAUCUAGCCACAUAUCCACAUUAAAAAAAAAAAAAAAAAAACAGAAAAAAACUGGAUUUCAGAUGCAAAGUUACGCUUUGAUUUACUGCAUCCCAUAAUGAAGGGCAUAACAUAAUAGUUUUUUAGAAUACAAAAGCUCCGUAACACUGAGACCUUAACACAGGUGAUGAGAAAUGAAAAAGAGUCGAGAGGCUGUAAGAUAGCAAUAGAUGGCAGGCGCUUCAAUAAAGCAUGCAGAAAGUUUCCCUGGAUGUCAGUAAAGAAUUUGCACUUUUACAGUUAAAACUGAAAUGUUGUACUUAAAGGAAAACCAAAACCAAACCACAACAGAAAAACAAGCAAGCAAAAUCCAAAACCAGACGGGAGCCUCCGAGGAGAUCAGUUGAAGGAGAAGGCCACCUCCGCUUUAUCUCACGCUAGAAACUGAAAUAGGCUUGAAUUUCUGAUAGAACAGGUCUGCAAAAUCCUAUGAGAUUUGGGGUUUUUGUCAUUGUUCCCAAAAGGCAAUAUUGUAACUGCAAUUACAGUUUGCAAAUAAAAAUUAUCACUACUACCUGCAUGUCUUCUUUCACUGUCUUGCAUAAUUGUAUGUGCUUGCUGGGAAGUCUCGGAGCCGGAUCUGCAAUCCAUAACGAGAAGCAACCUGGGGAGAAAAAUGUACACAGCUUCUCAUAACGUCUGCCAGGUUUAGAGUAAUACUUUCCUCAUGUGGAAUCACCAGACCAUCUGCAGAUAAGUUUGUAACUAUUAUUUACUACCCCACUUCCCAUACGCAUCAUUACUAGAUUUCUGUUCAUUUCCCAUGUCUUCUCUAGUUCUUGGUCUGUUUUUCCACUCCAGCGAACAAUUUUCACCACAAUGUUGUUAAAAUAAAUGGUCACAGUUAAUCUUUGGUCUGCAGUAGCAGGGUAGACAGCAGGAAGGUGCCUGCACAGUCUGAUCUCCCAGUGCCUGCCUUGUCCGGAGGGCCAGGACUCCGAGCCCGGAGAUGACACAAGUUCUCAGGAAUAUUUGUGGGGUGGGGGCUGCGCACGGGUGGCUUUGCCUGCUGGGUUGGUGCCCUGGGCGCUGCAUAUUUUGUUUCCCAGUAUGGGGAUGUGUUUCCAUUUUCAACUCCCAGCGCAGGAAGGCAGAGGGUGGCUCUCUCCUCUAACUUCUACGUAUUUUUUACCACUGCAAAGCAUAAGUUGUGAUCUCUCAGUCAUACGCUGCUUUGCAGGGGUGUAGGUCGGAAAGUUCUGAAGUGAAGGAAGAAGUUCAGUGUUUUUCUAAUGAUCUUUAGUGCUUACCGGCAUUUUUGAGAAAUUCAAUGAAUGUUUUUAUGCUGAUGUUGGUCUUAAGGGAUAGGCUACAACUAUUUAUUUCUAUUUUAUGGACAAGCAACAGGGCAUAGAGGCUCAGCCACUUGUCCAGGACAGAACGAGAAACAACCUCAUCUAACCCGAGCCUUGGUGCUCUACCUUGUAUUUCGGAAACAAUCGACAUCCAUUGGCCUGACGGAGGGAACCGGGGAAUUGCAAAUGCUGGAGCAUCCAAAAACCAUUUUUCGAGAAGGAAUAAUAAAAGCAACAUACAAAAGGUAGCUCCAGUACUGCUGGCUUUAAAGAUGCUACGCAGCGAUAUUUGGGUUUUUUACACUACAAAUAAAAUUUUGUAAUAGUAGGAGGAUCCCUGGAAAGGCAUUUUAGAGCUUCCUCUGAUUUUUCAGAGCAGAGGACCUCUGGUUUACCUUCUCUUGGACCUUACAAUUUAGAGACAAAUAUCAGUGUGGCAUUACAAGACCUGGGCCGUCUGUGUGCUCAUCUCUGCGCUCGCUGCUGUGGCCCAAAGCAAACAGAGACACGCGUAUUCAGCUCCUUACUUCGCCGCGGACGCCCUGCGUGACCUCAGACAAGCCCCUUUCUUCCAGAUCCCCGUAUGCAAAAUAGCAGCAUUUUUCUAAGCCCUCCCCCACCCCAAGGUACUGUGAAAAGAAGGGUCAGGGUGUGUUCACCGACAGCGCUGAUGGGAGACACUGAUUCCCUUCUUACGGAGAGGGUGAGGAACAAUACGCUCCGGUGGAUGCUGCGUGCUUACACACCCCAGAUGGCCAGCAGGUGCUGAAAACGAUCUCGUCAUUAAACCAGUGACACUACUUCAACUAUUCCAACAGGCAAACGAUGCUUCCAACUGGGAACGACGGGAUGUACGCCCCGGGGCUCGGAGCCAAACGCUCCGGGCGCUCCACGAAGGGAGCUCAGAUCGGAUCGAGCCCACCCCGCUCUCUGCCAGGCAGCAGGAUGCCGCCGUGCCACCGCAUCUCCGAGCGCAUCCAGGCCUCUGCCUUCUCACCAUCACCCUGCCCCUCCGACCUCCUCCUCGGAGCACAAACAGCACCAGCCCUGCAGGAACCCCGAGCCAGAAGGGCGCGGAGGAGGCAGGCUCGUCCUGCCGAGAGCGGGGCCGCUGGGCCCGGCCGCAGGGUCAAGGAAAGGGGAGACGGGCACAACCGCUGUGCUCUGGCUGGGGUUUGUCAUCUCACGGUUGGGUGUCUGUCCGUCCGUCCCCCCCCAGAAAAAAACCCCACCAAAGCCACUCAACAACGUUUAUGUGCCCCACAAACAGGCACUGCUAGAUCACAGCCCGCAGCUCAAAGUAGCAAUGGAAACGUGACGACAGUGCUUUGCAGCUCAGGAAAACCCCAUUUCCAGUUUGUUUCAAAUUCGCAGCUACCAAUUUUCUCACAUUGAAAUACAAGAUUUAUUCUCCCUAGAAGGAGGGAUUUUUAGUUUGGCAGGGAAGCGGGGUAAGGGUGUGGGGGGGAGAUUAUUGUUGGAUGAAGUUCCAGGUGUGGUGCUUUGUCUCGUGUAGAGGCCUCGCAGUGAAAAAUGCAUAGGAAGAACGCUGGUAGAUGAUUCUAGCCUUCUUCAGGUAAGAGCAUGGGGAAUCUUUGGCUUCACAAGCGUGGGAGGAAGAUGCUUCUCUUACAUUUUACCCAAAAGAUACUCUGAGCUUUUCAUUAUUAAGUACAACGGACAUUCCCCAGCUAGAAAGUGUGUCCCACCAGUGAGCCCAUUGCCCAGCAAAGCUGAGUUCAGCCGGACAGAGGAGGCGGUAUCCUUCUUCCAUUUUCCCUCCCUGAGAUCUUCAUCAGGGAAUGGAUGGAAGAAGAGAGCUUGUGUACGGCUCUACGGCCCGUUGUACGUGCUGUGCUUCCCAUAUCCCGGUACCUCAAACAAUGUGAAACAAGAGCUAGGGGAAAAAAACCCUCCUGGAAUAUUUCUAGAGUAUCAACACAGCUACUCCCAUAUCUUGGUGAAACGAUGGGAAUUAGGCUUGGACGAGCAAAUGUAGUGCAGCAGGAGACUUCACCACAGGGCUGGGCUAUGCUGGUGAUUCAAAUCCUGGUGAUUUAGUGAAUCUGAUGGCAUUUUAUUGGCCGGGGCAUUAUUCUUCUUAAUCUAGAGAAGCAGCCCAGGACACAGCUGUGCCAGUGAAGUCUGCAGCAUGUAAAUUCUUGUCCCAUCCUUGAAAAAAAACAAAACAAAAAAAUAAGACCUGUGUAAGGGGCAUUUUCCCACCACUAGUCUUUGAGGUUGGAAGUUGAAACAUGAGCUACUGGAGCUCAGCUCUGAGAAAAGAGAUGAGGGAAACAUCCUGACCCGGCUCCUGAAAGCUGCCCUCCGUGUUGCCCACGUGCGAGGGCUGCUGGUGAAGAGUCCAGGAGGAGCAACGCUCAGUUCUUCAGCAGACCUGAGGAGGUCUCACAGUGGUUUCUAAUAUCCAAAAGCUCCCUGAAAGAUAAUACCAGUAAGAAAAAACAGAAGGAAAAAAAAAAAAAAAAAAAAAAAAAACCACACAAAAAAAAACAACACAACACAAAAACCCCCCCAACAAACAAGAAAACCAGGUCCUGCUUUGAAACCUCUCCAGUAGAUCCAUUUUGCAAUUGGGGCUGGAGGAGAAUGAAGGCAAAAGCACCCUUGCUGGACACAUAAAUAAUGAUCUCUCCCUUACUUCUUGUUCAGGGAAAAUCCCCUCCUAAGUCAGGCUUCUGCCCAAUUCUGCGUACAGCCCGUUCCUUGCUCAGGGUGACCCAGACGUGGAGCAAUGAGGAAAACCAGGAUCGGCUCCCGUGGCAGUGAUGCUCAGGGAGGUCCCCGGGGCAGGGCGAGCUGAGAUCAGUACUCACCUACCACUGCCACCAGGGCAUAACCAAGAUCCUCGGAAAAAACAGUUGAAAGACAAGAGAAAAAGUGGUUUUGCUGACAUACCAGAACCUGCUAAGGUGUUUUACGCAUUUGUAAAACAGGUCUGGAAAGAACUUGCAGGAGGAAAGAAAAAAGGCACCUAUCUGUGCCAGAGCUGCACAUUGAACACUCGUUUCCAGCUAUGUCCUCUAGCAACUCCUACCCGGGCACGUAGGAGGGAGGGUAGCGGGCACACACAUCUGCACAAAUCAAAUACUAACCGCAGAAACCAGAUAAUCCCCCCAAGUUCCCUUAAGGGCAGCACACCGCUGUCAGAUCUGCUUGCGAGCCCCAGAAGCUCCCGGGCUGGCUUCUGCAAAGCUUAGGCUCCAGUAUUCCCUUUCCUACCCGGUUAUGUCUCUUCUACACUGUACUUCCCAAUACUGAAAAAUACCUUCACAGAGCCUCUCUGCAAGAAGUCCUAUUCAGGACGCAUUCAUCACAUUAGGAGAAUUUGCCGGAUCGUUAGUACGUCCGAAGCACCCACAGAGGAACUGGUGAAGCGGAAUCGAAGCCGUGCUGUGAAAAGCAAUCCAAGUAUUGCCUAUUAGGAGGGGCUGCUGUACCUGAAGAAAAAGAAACCACCACUAUAGGCUCAGACUCAAAGUUCCUCCUGAGUUAAAUCACACUGACUGGGAGUUUUCUCCACGGGCAAUAAAAAAAGCCCAAAAGCAGCAGCCGUAAUGAGCACGCAGCUUUGAAAGCAAAACCCCCGAGCUCCGUGGAAGGGAGCACAGUGGACUGGGAAAAGCAACAGUUCCCCUCAUUUGUCAAACGAAGCUCGCCCUCUCCCCACGCUUGUUGUCGCUGCCAAAAGCUCCGACUUGCGUUUUCUUCCGCGUGACGGGGGAGUUUGGUAGCUGUAAUCCCCUUCAUCCGGAUGGCCUGUCAGGGUUUACAGGCAUUCCUUAAAAAUAGAAGCAACCUAAUCCCAGUUCAACUCAUUUAACCGAAGUUUCUGCAAAACCGCACGGUUCUUUCAAAGCCGAGAGGCAAUCACUCGCGGCUGUGACAUGCGGAGGUUUGUCUCCUCUCUUGCCACCGAUUUCACGGACGCAUUGCUUGCUCCGUGUCGAUACAGGCUGGUCUUUGCAUCUCUCCUCUUUUGUUUGAUGCUAUUUUAUUUGCGGCUGAGGACCUCAAUUCACACACAGAUCCCACUGAAAUUACUACUGGUGCCUCCCUGCACAGCUUGGGGGCCGUCUGGCACUAACGGCUGAGUGAACGGGACCCGGCACCGCUCUCGAACCGCUACAGUCCCCACUCCGACACAAACCGGAGCCAAUUUUGCCACGCUACCGGUCGUAACAGUGGCUUCCAUGAGAAAAACAGAGCAGGCAGCUAGGAACUCUUCCACGCAACUCUGACCUGCCGUGGGCAAGUCAGCACCCUACGCCACGCAGCCUGAGGCAGGUCAGAGUCCAGACGAGGCAUCGAAGCGACGGCAGCAGCAUCCGUCCCACCCGGAGCUUAAGAGUACAGAGGCCACGCAAGUGCCUUAGUCGUGGGUGGAGGGAUUGCGUUUACUGGAAGAUGCAACCCUUUGCCUUAGAUGAACUGGUACAGCGGGAGAAAAAGCAGCGAAGCCCCAGGCACCCGGAACGCAGUUGCUGAAGCGGCGCCGCAUCUCCCUGCGCUUCACCAGCGCCGUACGCGCGGAGCCAGGGGCUGAGAGCACCCCGGGCCCUCGGGGUUUGACUCCCCGUUGCUUCCAGCACACACCCACCCUCUCUAAACGAGGGGCGGCCACGAGGAACAGCGGCUGCACCUCCGCCCGGGCAGCGCCGGGAAGAAUCGGCGCGUUCCACGCGGAGCGGAGCGCCCCGACCCGCAGAGCCCACGGGGCUGGCGCUGGGGGGAGCAGCCCCUCCUCGCCCCCGUCCCCCUCCCCCUGUCCCCCCACGCCCCCGGGGCUCGCCCGUGCCCCACGCCGCCCCGGAGCCUCGCCCUCGCAGCAAGCGUGCGUACUGCCAGGCGCUGCCGUUUUCCUUUGAAAAAGCACCAGAACAGUACAUUUUUUUUUUUUUUUUUUGUUUAGUAGCUUGCAGAACUCUAACACACUGAAAAUCAUAUUCCUUUGGAUACUAAAACCACACCCAACGUUCUCCUGAAAUGCCGUUCUGACAACCAGAGAGGGAAAACAACGGAAGGCUUCAAGUUUUCAUGUAUUUUAUUUACAGGCCGCACAAUACAUUUUAUAUACAAAUGGCUUAAAAUAACAAAGAGUAAGCAAGCUGAAGCAUAACAGUUUGAUUAUUUUAAAUUAGGUUGUCUUGAAAUAACUCCUGCAAUAAAGUAUUCUUCACCCUGAUAAGCAAAAGUUAGUUUGAUUUUAAGUCAACCCAAGGUCAUUUCUCUUUUAAAUACAGAAUUCAAAUCAGUUUUCUGGCGAUUCCUUAGUUUCAUGACACACUUCCGCAUAUACAGAACAUCCCAAAACUAUCAAGAAGGGAAAAAAGCCAAAAUUUCCCCAUGUAAAAAACGGUGUAACAGAACAGACUGGAGAAAUGUUGCAUGUAAAACACUCGCGUGUUUUAUUAACGCAAAGAAGAAUGCAAGAGAUACAUCCGAGAUUUCUCUUGCAAACAGAAUUAAUGGUCAGAGAUCUAAUUUGCCCGCAGACAAGAGGUAUCCUACAUUACCUCAGUACUUCAGUAUUUACUGCAAAAUUAUCUACUAAACUCAUCCAACUGUAAACUUCACCAAAACUGAAAUUGCCUCCUGCACCAAGUAAAAGGAGAAGAGCACUCAAAACUGUAACAACUUACAUUACAGCACUUAUCCCGCCUCUGCUUCUAGAAAUCACCUUACGCUACCAUGGUAUGGAGAAAAUUUAACACAGACCGUGUUUUACGGAACCAAUAGAAAAUAUAGAAGUUUGCAAUUUUAAAAUUAUUAUUCCAAGAAAUUAUAUUAACAUUUAAGGAUACAUGUAUUUUUACACCUCUUCCCUAACACUGCUCCUUCUGUUCAAGAUAACAACUACUAGAGAUCCAUGAAAAAAGCUGUUUCCUUUACCUUUGGCUGAAUUUUAAGUAUUAUAAUAGUCUAAGUGUUUUAAGUCAUGGCCACAGCAGUCCAGUCAUGCUCGCUUUCUUCCCCUUGGUAUGGCUAAAGACCACUCAAUAUAAAUAAUGAAGUACUUGCUACUUGAUAGUCCAUGAUUACAGUAUUUUGCUAUGUUUAUUUAGAAAUACAAACACACAACACUUACUUUUCGAUGUAGUGUCCAGGUCUCUGUAGAACACUUUGGAAUUGCAGCACAGAAAAUGUAAACCCAAAGGAACGCAGGAGGGGAAAGUAACAAAAGCCACGGAAAAAUAACGCAGUUUUCAGAAUGUCUACUACUGCAUCAAAAAUGCAAGAGCCACAUGAUGUAAAAUGCCAAACUAGUACAGACUCACUCUGCCGAGUGGAAUUUGUUCAAGAGGGUCAAAUUCUAAACUGAUGUAAGCGCCUCGUCACGUGAUUUAAUUCAAAAGGAAUUUGGAUAGAUAAUACACAGCUCCGGUACAAAUGAACGCGGACCUACAGUCCUUCCACCUGGCCAGCUCCCUGGCUGCUGACAAGCCCAGGGCCAGGGGAACGCGGCCGCGGGGCCAAACCCUCCCCCCCACGCACCCCGAGGGCUGCCCCGUCGAGGGGGGGGACGGAGCUCCUGACCCACAGCGGGGAAAAGGCAAGAGCCAGCCCCCACCCCGCGGGGCGCAGAGCAGGGGAUCCCUUCAGCGCUCCCACACGCACCGAAACCCGUGCACGUGCCCUCCAAAUCACCCCGACGCUGCCGCCCCAGGCCAACACGCUGUCGGAAGUGACAGGCCAGCAACCCUCAAACUGGAUCUGGGGAAAAGUCACCGGGCAGUACGCAUCUGCCGCGGCUUGCCAGAGGUUUGCUUCUGGUUCCUCUGGAAGUCAACAGCCUAUUGCCCCUCCUCGCUCCUCACCGGCAGGAUUGCUCGUGCCAGGGUGGGGGUUCUCUCAUGACCACAGGCUGAAAUGCAUUUUGGCGGAACGGGGCGACGUCAGGUCAGAGCACUGCCAGCCCGUAAGGAAACUGCACUGCUCUUCACACGUGCAGAGGGCACCGACUUCUCUGCGUUAAAUGAACUAAAUGACUUGAAAAUUUAACUCCAAAAAGGAAAGCAGCAGGAGACACAGCGUCUUCCUUGCAUUUUCGUACGGAAAAUCAAAUCAUUUAGUCCUCCGAGAGCUACCUUCCAUUUGAACUUACCUGCUUUUUUAGCCAACUGUCACCUGCAGUUGCAUUUGAAGUGCAGGAGAGUAACACCAGACUGCACACUUUUAGUGACAGCAACUGCCCAAGAGCCUUGAAAGUCUUUUGCUUGAUUCUGAAAUAAAGCUAUCUGUGUGUAGUA